AUGUUGACAAUCAGAAAAUGCCCAAAGCUUGUGUCUUUUCCGGAGGCCAGUCUCCCACCCAUGCUUAGAAGUCUCUCAAUAAGAGACUGCAGUUCACUGGAGUCGCUGCCUAAUUACAACUCCUGUCUCGAGGAGUUACACCUCUGGAACUGCUCGUCUCUGAGAUCCUUGCCAAUGGACACAUUUCCCUCCACCAUUAAGUCAAUUUACAUUAAUGAUUGCAUGAAUUUGGAUUCAAUUUCAGAGAUGAAGAUCGAGCUAGAUUGCUUUAGGGUCAGUGAUUGGCCGAAUUUGGAGCUGUUGCGUGUGUUCGCGCCAGAUUUUUCCUAUGUCUUGUCUUACAAUGUCGGGCUGUCGUUCCCUCCAGGAAGUGAUGAUGUUUGGAAUGAGGACUACACAAAAUGGGAUCUCCUCCGUGCUCCUUUUCAAGUUGGGGUACCUGGAAGUAAAAUUAUUGUUACAACUCGAAAUGAAGGCGUUGCAUCAACCAUGGGUUCUAUUCCAACUUACCAUCUAAAGGAGUUGGCUGAUGAUGAUUGUUUAUCUCUAUUAGCCCAACAUGCAUUGGGUACGAGCAAUUUUGGUGCCCAUCCAAAUUUGAAAGAAAUUGGUGUGGCUAUAAUGAGUAAGUGUCAAGGCUUGCCUUUGGCAGUGAAGACACUGGGAGGCAUCCUGCACAACAAACAUAGUUCAAAUGAGUGGAAAGAUGUACUUGACUGUGAAAUUUGGAAUUUACCAGGGCACAAGAGCGGCAUUCUUCCAGCUCUUAGAGUAAGCUAUCAUCAUCUCCCUUCUCACUUGAAGCAAAUGUUUGCAUACUGUGCAAUAUUUCCGAAGGACUAUGAGUUUGACAAGGAUGAGUUAGUUUUGUUAUGGAUGGCAGAAGGAUUUCUGCCACAGUCAGAAGGAAUGAAAUGUAUGGAAGAGUUGGGUAACAACUGCUUCAAUGAGCUAUUAUCAAGGUCAUUCUUUCAACGUUCAGGUGGCAUGGAAUCAAAAUUUGUGAUGCAUGACCUUUUGAAUGAUUUAGCUCAAUAUGUUGUAGGAAAAAUUUGCUUUUGGUUGGAUGAUAGUAUCGAGAGCAAUGAACAAUGUAAGAUUUCUCAAAAAGCUCGCCACUUGGCAUUCAUUCGCCACCAUUAUGAAGAAUAUAAAAGAUUCAAGUCAUUGCAUGGACUUCGAAGUGUGAGGACCUUCUUACCAGUGCCAGUUUAUAAGUCAUAUAAUUGGGCCAGAUUUUAUUUAAGCAAUAGCAUUUUAGUCGAGCUACUGCCCAAAUUACGGUACUUAAGAAUCUUAUCUUUGAGUGGGUACUAUAUAAAUCAGUUGCCUAACUCGAUUGGGGAUCUGAAACAUCUUCGGUACCUAAAUUUAUCAGCAACAUCAAUUGAAUGGUUGCCUGAAUCAGUGUGUGCUCUCCACAAUUUGCAGACAUUAUUGUUAAGAGGUUGCAAUGCUCUUUGUAAGUUGCCCACAGACAUUGGAAAUUUAGUCAAUCUGCGGCAUCUUGACAAUUCUGAUACUGUAAAUUUACAGGAGAUGCCCCUAGGGAUUAGCAAAUUGACAAGUUUGCAAACUUUGCCAAAGAUUAUUGUGUGCAAAAAUGGUGGAUUGAGGCUCAGAGAUUUGAAAAACAUGUUACUUCUGCGAGGGAUGCUUUCCAUUGUAGGAUUGGAAAAUGUUAUGGAUGUGCGGGAUGCAGAUGAUGCCAAUUUGAGUAGUAAGCAGAAUAUUCAUGAGUUAGAAUUAAUAUGGAGUAGUGGCAUUGGAGGGUCACAAAAUGAAGAGCUACAAGUCAAUAUGCUUGACAUACUACGACCGAAUAGAGAAUUGAAAUGCCUUAAAAUUGGGUUCUACAGGGGUUCAACAUUUCCCAGUUGGAUUGGGGAUCCGUCACUUUCUAAAACAGUGCGCAUUGAUCUUAGAGACUGUACAAAUUGUGUGUCUUUACCACCACUUGGCCAACUACCCAUCCUGAAAGAACUACACAUUCAAGGCAUGCAUGCAGUGAAAAGCAUAGGUGCUGAGUUCUACGGGGUUGGUAGUGCAUUGGAGACUCGAUUUCCAUCACUCGAGACUCUAAGCUUUGAGGGGAUGCCUGAAUGGGAGGAAUGGUCUUGUGGUAAUGCUGGUGAAUUUGUAGGACAUUUACCUCGUCUUCAUGAGCUUACUAUGGUCCAUUGUCCUAAAUUGGUAAGUGUCUCACUCUUAAGGCUUCUCUCUCUUCGCAAAUUAACGAUAAUAAGUUGUAGCGAGGCGGUGCUAAAAAGUUUCAGUGAACUGACCUCACUAAACACAUUGAAAAUUUGGAAUAUUUCGGGACUAACUCAUCUACAGGAGGAAUUUACGCAUUUCUUGGUGUCACUUCAAGUUCUUGAAUUGGGUGAUUGUGAUAUGCUGGUGACAUUGCUGAAGGGUGGGAUUACACCACAACAUCUUUCCCAUCUGCAAUGCCUCCAUGUCGAGGGGUGUUCACAACUUGUGUGCUUGGUUGAAGAAGCUCAAAUGCUACAUUGCAAUCUUGAAUCUUUGGAAGUACAUGACUGUGAUCGUCUAGAGAGGUUGCCAACUGGCCUGAAAAACCAUACAUCUCUCAAAAAGUUGACAAUCAGAAAAUGCCCAAAGCUUGUGUCUUUUCCGGAGGCCAGUCUCCCACCCAUGCUUAGAAGUCUCUCAAUAAGAGACUGCAGUUCACUGGAGUCGCUGCCUAAUUACAACUCCUGUCUCGAGGAGUUACACCUCUGGAACUGCUCGUCUCUGAGAUCCUUGCCAAUGGACACAUUUCCCUCCACCAUUAAGUCAAUUUACAUUAAAGAUUGCAUGAAUUUGGAUUCAAUUUCAGAGAUGAAGAUCGAGCUAGAUUGCUUUAGGAUCAGUGAUUGGCCGAAUUUGGAGCUGUUGCGUGUGUUCGCGCCAGAUUUUUCCUAUGUCUUGUCUUACAAUAUCGGGCUGUCGUUCCCUCCAGGAAGUGGUUUGCUCACUCCCAACCUAAGACGCCUUUCUAUUAAGGGGAUGGCAAAUGAUAUUUCCUUAAAGGGCAAGUUUGAAAGCCUCACAUCCCUUGAAGAGUUGAGCAUGUCUGAUUGUCAAAGUCUUGGGUCCUUCCCUGAUGGGAAUUUGCCCCCUAACUUAACAAAACUUCAAAUCAACAGGUGUGGAAAACUAAAGCCUCUAUCAGAGUGGGGCCUACACCGACUCUCUUCCCUUCGUACAUUUUUAAUGAUGGAUGUUUAUCCAGAGCUACGUUCCUUUUUGGACGAGGGUUUGCUCCUUCCUUCUUCUGUAAAAUCGCUUGUUAUUGCAAGCAUGCCUAAUCUCAAGUCACUCGGGCUCCAGAACUUGAGCUCUCUUAAUUACCUGGAGAUAUUCGACUGCCCUAAUCUUCGUUCCUUGCCUGACGUACUCACUACACUGUCAAGUCUUCGUAUCAUGCGCUGUCCGCAUCUUAAACGCCGUUUCUCAAAGGAGAAAGGCAUGGAUUGGCCUAAGAUCGCUGGCAUCCCAUAUGUUGAUAUAGUGUGAUGGUCCUUCGAUCCAUCAACAAGGUUCAGAUGAAAUUGGGCUUCUUCAGAGGAUGAGGAUGACUUCGGAGUUCAUCGCCACUUAUAUCAGAUUGUCGUGAGGACUGUUUUAAGGGGCGAACUCACUGUAUUAUGUGCCAGCAAUUAAUGGAUUCAUCUAAAAACAUAAGGUAUGGAGGGAGUUUGAUUUUUGUGCUUGUUAAAUAUGUAUUUGUCAUUGUUUUUUCCUCUUUAUGUUUGUAUAGUCACCGUACUUUUUAAUAUCUGACACUUCUAUCUACGUCUCUGUAAGUAAAAUUGAGAGCAAGGAAUUGCCAAUCUCUUGUAAUUAAAUGAAUACUAGCUAGUUUAACUAAAAGAUUGUAUUUUGGAAUAAGGAUUAUGCACUUUUGCUGCUUGAGGAUUGUAAUUUACCGUGCAUUGUUUAGUUGCUAAGUUACUUUGCA